UCGAAAAAGAAGAAAGAACAAAACCACGUACAACAACUUUUCCAUCCCCGUACGAUAUCAUAGACUCGUUAAGGUUUCGUCGGCUGUUUACUCAACUCAGCUGAGUGCAAGACAGGGAGAGAGAAGCAUAUACUGCGCCAAAAUGCCUAGUUUCAAGAACAGUGCUGAGUGUGCUGGUUGGCCACAGGACGUCGGUAUACUGGCCCUGGAGGUGUACUUCCCCUCACAAUAUGUGGACCAGACAGAGCUUGAGGUUUUUGAUGGGGUGUCACAGGGGAAGUAUACCAUUGGACUCGGCCAGACAAAGAUGGGCUUCUGCUCUGACCGCGAAGACAUCAACUCCCUGUGCCUGACAGUGCUGUCUCGCCUCAUGGAACGGACUGGGGUUGGGUAUGAGAACAUUGGCCGAUUAGAGGUUGGAACAGAGACCAUCAUUGACAAGUCCAAAAGUGUGAAGAGUGUGUUGAUGCAGCUCUUUGAGGACUCUGGCAACACUGACAUUGAGGGCAUUGACACCACCAAUGCCUGCUAUGGUGGCACGGCUGCUCUCAUCAAUGCCAUCAACUGGGUAGAGUCCAGCUCCUGGGACGGGCGUUAUGCUGUGGUGGUAGCAGGAGAUAUUGCUGUGUAUGCCACGGGAGCUGCACGACCCACAGGGGGCGCAGGGGCAGUGGCUAUGUUGGUGGGCCCCCAUGCUCCUCUCAUCAUGGAAAGAGGUGUGCGUGCAUCACACAUGUGUCAUGUGUAUGACUUCUACAAACCAGAUCUGUCAUCUGAAUAUCCAACUGUGGAUGGAAAACUGUCCAUACAGUGUUAUUUGUCUGCUUUGGAUGCCUGCUACCAAACUUUCUCUCGGAAGUGUAAUGCAACCAAAGAAGCUUCGUCUUCCCCUAUGUCACUUGAGCAGCUGAAUGCAUUGCUGUUCCACUCUCCAUUCUGCAAGCUGGUGCAAAAGUCACUGGCACGCUUGUCAUUCAACGAUUUCCUCAACACACCCGCAGAUCAGGUGGCGUCAAAGUACCCAGGCCUAGAGGCAUUCAGAGAGAAGAAGCUGGAGGACACCUACUUUGAUAAGGAUGUAGAGAAGGCCUUUAUGGGUUACAGCUUGCCUAUCUUCCAGGCAAAGACUAAGCCCUCACUCCUCAUUGCCACUGAGGUCGGCAAUAUGUACACUCCCUCUGUCUACGGGGGUCUGGCCUCAUAUAUUUCAUGCAACACUGCAAGUAGCCUGGCUGGCAAGAGAGUUGCACUCUUCUCCUAUGGCUCAGGCCUUGCGUCCACCAUGUUCUCCCUGAAAAUAAGUGAUGAUGACGGACCUGAUUCCCCUCUCUCACAACUCGUGUCUUCACUGUCCAACCUCAAGGCUAGGCUAGACUCUCGCAAAAAGGUCUCCCCUGCAGUCUUUGCUGAGACCAUGAAGCUGCGGCAGGAGACUCACCAUAAAGCACCCUACACUCCUGUGGGGAGCAUAGACACACUAUUCCCAGGAACGUGGUACCUGACCAAAGUAGAUGAAAUGCACCGGCGACAGUAUGAACGCUCCCCCCUCACCCCCACCCUCCCAGCCAUGGAAGUUGAUGGAGCUGCAUCAAACUACCUCCUUAAGGAAUCUACAUCCAUGUCGACAGAAGCGUUACCUCAGCAGGUUUAAUACAACAUGGCUCUCUUUUUUAAGGAUAGCUGAAAUACCAUUCCUUUUUCAGUCUUUUUGAAAAAUGUAUUUAUUAUUUAUUAUUAUCUAUUUUUUCUGGAAAGUGUUUGCUAAGAGGUAGAGGGAGCAAACGUAAUACUUUAGUUCUUACACAUAUGAAAAAAAGCUUUACAAAAAUAUAGAUAUUUCAGAAUCCAGGCAAUGUUGAUAAUGUUUAUGAUUACUUUCUGGCAAGUGGCUGAAGAAUACAGUUGCAGAAUGUGUCGUUCAUGACACUGAUAAGCUCUUCCAAAAAACCACAAAUUAUUUUGAAGGAUGUGACAGAAAUUUCUGAAGUAGUCUCCUGUUCUCCACAUUACCCCUUCAGGAAUUCACUGGUGGUGCCUGUUGCAUUGUAACUUUUCCAAAUGUGCUUAAUUGAUUCACAUGGUUGAAAUACUCUCUCUGGUCAUGCUCCCUCUUGUGAAACAGAUACCCAUUGAAUGAUAUUUUACGAUAAUAGUGUGUAGAUAUGUAUUCUUAGUGUAUGGUCACAUGUAUUGGAAAGUCUUGCAGACUUGAUCUUGAGAAAAUUAUUCUUCUAAUGUUAUAAGAUCUGUAGGAUUAUAGAUGAUACAAUGUUAAAUGUUGCAUGUGUUUGCAACUAUAAUUAUGGGAGAAAAAGUAAAAGGGCAUGAGAAGUGAAAUGCAAAUUAAGUUUAAUUAUAAUUCUUAUUACUAUUUUGAUUCUAAAUAUGCAGCUGGUAGACUUAAUAUUUUUGAAA